AUGUUCGGUAGUCGUCGGUCUAACGGUCAUCGUGUUAACUCUGUCGUGAAACUCGAGCGCGGCCCGGGGCUGCGGGGCGGCGAGGGAGCCCCGGGCCUGCGCCCCCGGGCCGCGCGGUGUUCGGCCGAUCGCUUACCUCAGAAGUGCCAUGUAGAUAGCGGCCGGCCAGUGCGGCCCGCUCGCGUCAUGGAGCGAGGGUCUCCCUACGCGUGUUAUGUAGGUACGCUGUUUCCAGUCUCUGGUGUCUUUUCCACUCUCUCGUCUUAUUGUAAUGGGGAUAUUGUGUCAAUUAAACGGGACGUCACACGCUCGGCCGGCCCGGCGUCCCGGGACGGUCCCGUGUGGCGUCCCGCCCGAGGGCUGUGCCCGGCGCGUAUUGCCUGCCGUCGUGUCGAUUUUACUAGCUCAAUUUUAUUGGAACUAUUCUCUAUUAGUCCGUACGUGUAA